UUUUCGCGAUAGUGGGCUAUAAAGGCACAAGAGCUCUCUUGAAAACAGCUCAACGCUAACAGCGGGACUUCAUCAGAUCUGACAGUAAUAUUGCUGGGCGCCCAACAACACUUCACUAUGUCCGAUACGCUGGGCGAAAGUCUCAUAAGGAAUCUGAUCAACUUGGGUUUAGAUGACUCGUUCACUCGCAUUUCCCGUCCAUUUCCACCGAAGAGCAUCAGCUCGGAGCGGCUCACCGACGAGCUCAUCGGCUGGUCUGGGGACAACUGGUGCGACAAGGCGCUGAGGAAACCCCAGUAUCCCUUCAAACCAGACCGAUCCAUGAGUCUGACUGACAGCUGUCUCAAGACGAAGCCCCACAACGUCCCUCCACCGCCCGGAUUUGAACCUCUGCCCUCAAACCGAUUCAAGACCGAACUGUGCCGAAGCUUUCAGGAGCACGGCAGCUGCAAAUACGGCAGCAAAUGUCAGUUUGCGCACGGCGAGAGUGAAUUGCGAGGUCUUUACCGCCACCCGAAAUACAAAACUCAGGAAUGUCGCACUUUUUACCAGUUUGGAUACUGUCCCUACGGACCCCGCUGUCACUUCAUUCACGAGGAGAGAAGCCCUCUGGCCGGGGUAACUGCUCCUGGCGACCAGCACCCGCGUCUCCUCCGUCAAUGUGUCAGCUUCGCCGGUUUCUCCGGACCUCGCAGUAGUUCUCCGCCGAGUUUAUACGAGCCCCUGAGCUUCAACCGCGCGCCCUCGGUCUCCCCGCCCCCGGCUGACAUCUUAUCCCCCGUCUUCACCGACUCUUCCCGUGAAAUGUUCGCCUUCGGUCGUUACUUAAGCGGAGAAAUCAACAGCAGCACGCCCUUCCCGACAGAGCCUCAGUCACGGUGUGUCUGUGGACACGGAAAUAACGUCCAGAUGAAGGAAGAACGGAACAAAAGCUUCGUGGCGGCCAACCUGCAGCGCUUUCCCUCAGAAGAUUCGCUGUCAGACCGCGAAAGUUACAGCAGCACCGGAAGCUCCAGCGGCUCCGAGUCUCCCACAUUCGACAGCUCGAGCGGGAAGCGGCUGUCUGUGUUCGCGCGGAUGUCUGUCUCCGACUAAAACUCAUCCGAAAGACUUUUCCAUGAUUCCUUUCCAAUCAAAAUCGUUCACAAUUACGUGCUACGAGUCUUAAUUCUGUUAAGUUAUUAUGUACUUGCUAAAGGAGAUUAUUUUGAUACCAAGCUGCCCUCCAAAGCUAAGUAGGCCAAUUUUUAUAACGGUGUAUUAUUGUGUGUAUUUUCUGUGAUUGUCUUCCAUUUGCUUUUGCUUUGUUUGGCAGGAAGCAUUAACAGACAAGUGCCUUAAAAAUAUCAUUGUGGCAUAAGCAGAGCUUGUGUCCACACAACUAUUUUAUAUCUUGAUUGUAUAAAUGGAAACAAUUAUAUAUAGCGAGUAUAUAUCAACCAGCAAUGUGAUAAACUUGAGAAAAUGACCAUACAUUUACUCACAAAGAAAUGCACUUUACAAAUCUAUACUGGGAGAAUGUUUCCAUGUAACAUUUUAACCAAAGCAUUAUGAUGCUAGGUACCUGUUUUGUACAAGAAACCUAAGAAACAAACCUAAAACUAUAUAUUUAUAUUGGACAAGACCUGUCAAGUUGUGUAAUGUUUUGACAACCCUGCUUGGGUCUUUACUCAAGGAAACUUGUCUUUCAUCAGGGACUGUAACAGUACAGUAUUUCUGUAGAGUAGAUCGCUUCAUUUGCAAUGGUUUUUUUUUCUUUUUUUUUUUUUUUAAUUGUAUAGAC